AUGGAAUCAAAAUCAUUUGAAAAUAACACCAACAUUCAAAACAUAGAAAGUUCUCUUGAACUCACAUCUUUAAAUGAUAACAUUGCUAAUGAACAUUUAAUAUCUAUGGGGUAUGUCCCUGAGAUGCGAAGAAAAAUGAGUACUUGGUCACUUCUUGGAGCUGGUUUUAGCAUCACCAAUUCGUGGCUAGCCUGCGCUGUGUUUCUUGCCCUCUCAAUUUACAGCGGGGGUCCUUUAAUGCCCAUUUAUGGAAUCAUUAUUGGUGCAUUUUUUGGUUUAUGUACUGGUAUUUCUCUUGGUGAACUGGCUUCUGCUUAUCCAACUUCCAGUGGCCAGUACUAUUGGACAAUUGUUCUUGCACCCAAGAAAUAUGCACCAUUUCUUUCAUAUUUAUGUGGCUCACUCACCUGGGCUGGUUCUAUUUUUUGCAAUGCUGCAACGAGUAUGUUAACUGCACAAAUGAUUGUUAGUGUCCAUGCAUUGUUAGCAGGCCCAGAUUUUGAAAUUAAAAACUGGAUGAUUUUCAUAACAUUUCAGCUUUGCAAUGUUGCUAGCUUUUUGUUUAGUUGCAUUGGCAAACUUCUUCCUACUUAUGCUACACUAGCCCUUUACAUUUCUCUUAUAAGUUUUGCUGUGACUCUUGUAACAGUGUUGAGUAAGUCAUCGGGAAACUUCAAUUCCUCAAAAUUUAUUUUUGUGGAAUUUAACAACCAAACUGGCUGGUCAUCAUCUGCUAUUGCUUUCAUUGUUGGGUUGAUUAACCCUGCAGCUGCUUUUGGUUUCUUAGACUCCGCAACUCACUUGGCCGAGGAAUGUAUUGAACCCGAAGUCAUCAUUCCAAAAGCAAUUAUGUUUACCGUUGCCGUUGGGUUUGUAACAGCGUUGAGUUACACGAUUGGGAUAUGCUUUUGCAUCACUGAUCUGGAUACAAUUUUAAGUUCUAAUACCGGAAUGCCUAUCUUAGACAUUUUUUACUUGGCUUUGAAAAACAAGGGUGGAGCUAUUUUACUGAUGGUGAUGUUAAUAACGUCGGUAUUUUUUGCAUUUAUUAUGGUACAAUCAUAUGCUUCUCGUAUUAGCUGGUCCUUUAGUCGCGACAACGGUCUCCUUGGGUCUCGAUACUGGAGACAAAUUCACCCACAACUGGGUGUACCAUUGAAUGCAGGCAUUAUGAUUACCCUAUGGACAGCCGCUUGCGGCUGUUUGUACAUGGCAUCAUCAGCCGGAUUUUCCUCACUAAUUUCUGGUGCAGUGCUUUUUAUGAUGCUUUCCUAUAUUGUACCUAUUAUUUGUAUGCUGAUUCGGGGUCGCAACAGUUUCAAACAUGGACCCUUUUGGUUGAAUUCUGUAGGGUAUGCUGCCAAUGUUCUUACAAUUUUCUGGACUAUAUUUUGCCUAGUGUUUUUCUGUUUCCCCUUUAGCAAACCAGUUACUAAAGACAAUAUGAAUUAUAUUUCUGUUAUUUUGGUGGGAUUCACAGCAUGGUGCGUAAUUUAUUGGAUAUUUCGAGGUCGCAAAGUUUUUUCUACAGCUGAUAUGCACCAGACUGGGUUUGAGGAAUUGGAUGGUGAAGCUAUUAAGGUUGAGGCCAUUGUUCAUGAAAAAACUGUUCGUGAUAACAGUAGUAUGUGA